AGUGAGCGGGGCGCAGACGGGAAGUUGCGGCUGCCAGCGAGGCGGACUGCUUCGGUGCAGGCCACACGCCACCCCGAGGCUGCAUAGGCCGCGCGGAGGGAGACGCCGCGUCGCCGGCCUGGGGUCGGGAGCCGCAGACCAGGAAGCACCGGGCGGACUGAGGAUUUGUGGGUGGAAGGCAGGCAUGGUCAGAACCAUUUCACUGACAGGAAAACAGAGACAGGACGUGUCUCUCUCCACGUCUCUCAGCCAGUAGAAGCUGCCAAGCUGGAGCCCAAAGCCAGGUGUGCUGACUCCCAGCGGGGGGCUCCCUGCACCAACCAUGAGCCGCCUGCUCUGGAGGAAGGUGGCCGGCGCCACCGUCGGGCCAGGGCCGGUUCCAGCUCCGGGGCGUUGGGUCUCCAGCUCCGCCUCCGGCCCCGUCCCCAGCGACGGGCAGCCGCAGCCGCCGCAGCCGUCGCCGCCGCCGCGGCCAGUGCCGUCCUCGGAGGGCGGGCAGCUGCGGCACAACCCAUUGCACAUCCAGAUGCUCUCGAGAGGGCUUCACGAGCAAAUCUUCGGGCACGGCGGGGAGAUGCCCGGCGAGGCCGCGGUGCGCCGCAGCGUCGAGCACCUGCAGAAGCACGGGCUCUGGGGGCAGCCGGCCGCGCCCUUGCCCGACGUGGAGCUGCGCCUGCCGCCCCUCUACGGGGGCAGCCUGGACCAGCACUUCCGCCUCCUGGCCCAGAAGCAGAGCCUGCCCUACCUGGAGGCGGCCAACUUGUUAUUGCAGGCCCAGCUGGCCCCCCGGCCCCCGAGCUGGGCCUGGGCGGAGGGCUGGACCCGGUACGGCCCCGCGGGGGAGGCCGAACCCGUGGCCAUCCCCGAGGAGCGGGCCCUGGUGUUCGACGUGGAGGUCUGCUUGGCAGAGGGAACUUGCCCCACAUUGGCGGUGGCCAUAUCCCCCUCGGCCUGGUAUUCCUGGUGCAGCCGGCGGCUGGUGGAAGAGCGUUACUCUUGGACCAGCCAGCUAUCGCCGGCUGACCUCAUUCCCCUGGAGGUCCCUGCCAGUGCCGGCGGCCCCACCCAGCGAGACUGGCAGGAGCAGUUAGUGGUGGGGCACAACGUGUGCUUCGACCGGGCCCAUAUCAGGGAGCAGUACCUGAUCCAGGGCUCCCACAUGCGCUUCCUGGACACCAUGAGCAUGCACAUGGCCAUCUCAGGGCUAAGCAGCUUCCAGCGCAGUCUGUGGAUGGCAGCCAAGCAGGGCAAGCGCAAGGCCCGGCACCCCACACAGCGAGGCCAGAAAUCCCAGAGCAAAGCCAACGGCCCAGCGAUCUCAUCCUGGGACUGGCUAGACAUCAGCAGUGUCAAUAAUCUGGCAGACGUGCACAGCCUCUACGUGGGGGGGCCUCGCUUAGAGAAGGAGCCCCGCGAGCUGUUUGUCAAGGGUAGCAUGAAGGACAUCCGUGAGAACUUCCAGGACCUGAUGCAGUACUGUGCCCAGGACGUGUGGGCCACCUAUGAGGUUUUCCAGCAGCAGCUACCGCUCUUCUUGGAGAGGUGUCCCCACCCGGUGACUCUGGCUGGCAUGUUGGAGAUGGGUGUCUCCUACCUGCCCGUCAACCAGAACUGGGAGCGUUACCUGGCGGAGGCACAGAGCACCUACGAGGAGCUCCAGUGGGAGAUGAAGAAGUCACUGAUGGACCUGGCCAACGAUGCCUGCCAGCUGCUCUCAGGAGAGAGGUACAAAGAAGAUCCCUGGCUCUGGGACCUAGAGUGGGACCUGCAGGAAUUUAAGCAGAAGAAGGCAAAGAAGGUGAAGACGAAGGAGCCGGCCGCAGCCAGCAAGUUGCCUGUCGAGGGGCCCAAGGCUCCUGGGGAUCCCAAGGAUCAGGAAGACCCUGGCCCCCCCAGUGAGGAGGAGGAGUUUCAGCGAGAUGUCAUGGCCCGCGCCUGCUUGGAGCAGCUCAGGGGGACCACAGAGCUCCUGCCUAAGCGGCCCCAGCACCUUCCUGGGCACCCAGGGUGGUAUCGGAAGCUCUGUCCCCGGCUAGAUGACCCUGCGUGGACCCCAGGCCCCAGUCUCCUCAGUCUCCAGAUGCGCGUCACACCUAAACUCAUGGCGCUGACCUGGGACGGCUUCCCUCUGCACUACUCGGAGCGGCAUGGCUGGGGAUACCUGGUGCCCGGGCGGCGGGACAACCUGGCUAAGGUGCCACCAGGCAGCGGCCUAACGUCGGCUGGGGUGGCCUGCCCCUACACAGCCAUCGAGUCCCUGUACAGGAAGCACUGUCUUGAACAGGGGAAGCAGCAGCUGGAGCCGCAGGAGGCAGACCUGGCUGAGGAGUUCCUGCUCACCGACAGCAGCACCAUGUGGCAGACGGUGGAAGAAAUGGGCUGCUUAGAAGUGGAGGCCGAGGCCAGGAUGGAGAACUUGCGAGUGGCAGUUCCAGGUCAACCCCCAGCUCUGCUUACCUGCUUGCCAUUUCAGGCCCUUUUCCCACCCCCUACCCCAUGGCCCUCGCUGAAUGCAGGUGCUGGAGCAGGGCCUGAUCUAGGUGUGUGGCCCCCACAGACUGCUGCUGGUGGCCCAAAAGCCAGCCAGCCAGCUUAUCACCAUGGCAACGGACCCUACAAUGAUGUGGAUAUCCCCGGCUGCUGGUUCUUCAAGCUGCCUCACAAGGAUGGUAACAGCUGCAAUGUGGGCAGCCCCUUUGCCAAAGACUUCCUGCCCAAGAUGGAGGACGGCACCCUGCAGGCUGGCCCAGGAGGUGCCAGUGGGCCCCGUGCCUUGGAAAUCAACAAAAUGAUUUCUUUUUGGAGGAAUGCCCAUAAACGUAUCAGCUCCCAGAUGGUGGUGUGGCUGCCCAGGUCAGCUCUGCCCCGUGCUGUGACCAGGCACCCACACUAUGAUGAGGAAGGCCGCUAUGGGGCCAUCCUGCCCCAGGUUGUGACCGCUGGCACCAUCACUCGACGGGCUGUAGAGCCCACAUGGCUCACUGCCAGCAAUGCCCGGCCUGACCGAGUAGGCAGUGAGUUGAAGGCCAUGGUGCAGGCCCCGCCCGGCUACAUCCUCGUGGGUGCUGAUGUGGACUCACAGGAGCUGUGGAUUGCAGCUGUGCUUGGAGACGCCCACUUUGCCGGCAUGCAUGGCUGCACAGCCUUUGGGUGGAUGACACUGCAGGGCAGGAAGAGCAGGGGCACCGAUCUACACAGUAAGACAGCUGCCACAGUGGGCAUCAGCCGUGAGCACGCCAAGGUCUUCAACUAUGGCCGCAUCUACGGGGCCGGGCAGCCUUUCGCUGAGCGCCUGCUAAUGCAGUUCAACCACCGGCUCACGCAGCAGGAGGCAGCUGAGAAGGCCCGACAGAUGUAUGCGGUCACCAAGGGCCUCCGCAGGUAUCGGCUGUCAGAUGAGGGCGAGUGGCUGCUGAGGGAGUUGGACCUCCCUGUGGACAGGACCGAGGAUGGCUGGGUUUCCCUGCAGGAUCUACGCAAGAUCCAGAGAGAAGCUUCUAGGAAAUCACAAUGGAAGAAGUGGGAGGUGGUUGCUGAACGAGCCUGGAUGGGGGGCACAGAGUCAGAAAUGUUCAAUAAGCUGGAGAGCAUUGCGAUGUCUGACACACCAUGUACCCCGGUGCUGGGCUGCCGCAUCACCCGAGCCCUGGAGCCCUCUGCUGUCCAGGGGGAGUUUAUGACCAGCCGUGUGAACUGGGUGGUGCAGAGCUCCGCUGUGGACUACUUACACCUCAUGCUUGUGGCCAUGAAGUGGCUGUUUGAGGAGUUUGCCAUUGAUGGGCGCUUCUGCAUCAGCAUCCACGAUGAGGUUCGCUACCUGGUGCGGGAGGAGGACCGCUACCGCGCUGCCCUUGCCCUGCAGAUCACCAACCUCUUGACCAGGUGCAUGUUUGCCUACAAGCUGGGUCUGAAUGACUUGCCCCAGUCAGUCGCCUUUUUCAGUACAGUCGAUAUCGACCAGUGCCUCAGGAAGGAAGUGACCAUGGAUUGUAAAACCCCUUCCAACCCAACUGGGAUGGAAAGGAGAUACGGGAUUCCCGAGGGUGAAGCACUGGAUAUUUACCAGAUAAUUGAACUCACCAAAGGCUCCCUGGAAAAAUGAAGCCAGCCUGGACCAUAGCUCUGUCUGGAGGCUCUGUAUUUGCUCCCGUGGAGCUUCAUCGGGGCAGUGCAGGCUCCUAAACUCAGGCUUUCAGCUGUGCUUUUUUUGCAAAAGGGCUUGCCUAAGGGCAGCCAUUUUUCAGUAGCAGGACCUGCCAAGAAUGAUUGCCUCUCACUGAUGGUGCAAUUAGUUCAGAACCAAGAUGCCAACACUGGUGCAGGCUGUAGGACAAGGGGGCAUUGUUGCUUGCUGGGUGAAAAGAAAGCAGAAGCCCCAAAGUUCACAUUAACUCAGGCGUUUCAUUUAUUUUUUCCUUUUCUUCUUGGCUGGUUCUUUGUUCUGUCCCUCAUGCUCUGAUGCAGUGCCCUAGGGGAGAGAAGUAACGCUCUAAAUGUGAUAAGCCUGCUCGGAGGCAGUGGAAAUAAAAACAAAGAUCCUCUAUCUUCUCAUCAAA